UGCUGACAUAACAUGUGUGUCGUAUCGUGGUAUGGUGAAUUGAAAGUGUUUUUUUGCAAUUCGUAGUUUAGUUAUCUUUUGAUGGCAGUGUUUACGUGCCGCGUGGUGCCAACGUCACUGUAAAUAUGAGUGGUGCAUCACGUCAAGUCAAAAAUCCGUUGCUGUCAGCAGCCGGUGGCUUUUCUUUAGAAAAUUAUGCAGAAAAUGCGUUGCUGGUUCCAGUUACACCUACUGCAUCUGCCGUGCUCCAAGAUGAUGCUGAACCGGAGGAGAUCGUAGGAAAGGUACCAGUGAAUUCGCACAGUUCGACUACAGCGGCGAGUUCGGCCGAUGCGGAUUCCGAAUUCACGCCUAUACCUUUGCACACGGAGGAGCCCAAGCCUCCGGAGAAUCAGCCGGUGAAGCAGAGCUACUUCACCUCGAUACUUUCGUCGCUACCAAAUUUGUCGUUAUCGUCGAUCACCGGGGACACUCCGGGGUCUCAAGCAAGCCAAAGUUUCGAGACCAAUCCGCAAGAUCGAAAUCCUCAUUUGCCACCGUUCGAUCACCGUGAUCCGUUGACGGACACCACGCCACCCCCUGUCCCUAAUUUCUACGAACCCCGUUCCACAAAUUUCGCGAGAUCCGGCGACGUUUAUCCCGGAAGCAGUUCCAGUUUACCGGCACCGCCGCAACCGCCUACUGCUCCGCCUACUAUUCCUACGUCGGGCGACGGCCCGAUUUCGUACCGACUUGGCAACCAGAGGCGCCUGAAAUACGCGCCGCCGCCCGAAUUGACGUCGAGCACGUCGAAACAAUAUUCAGCCCCAGCGGUGCAGCCAGUGUUCACCCCGCAGUCCGUCGUGCCACUGAGCAUCUUCAACCCGAACGAGCCGAUAGCAGCACCGGUGCAGGCCUACCAGCCGGUCGAAGCUCUAGCGGCGACGAACUCGCCCUCGAUCGAACGAUCAACCCCCGAGCAGCUGUCCCAAGCCAACUCGUUGCAAGAGUCCUUCCGGUCGAGUCCGGUCGCAUCCGCGGUCUCCUACAGCUCGACCGGGACCCCGCGAAGUGCCACACCCCAGAGUCCGAACUCCGGCUACGAGAGUGUGCCUUUAAGGACAGCAGUUCCCCAAUCGUUGUCCCGACCGAUUCCUCACACAGUCCCGGAGACUGUCACCCCGCAGAACACGCCUGUGAACUUCUCUUUCCCCGUGUUCGAGACUUACCCUAUUCAGCCGGACUUUCUGACGCCGACCAGCACCGAGAAGGACGCCGCAAGGAGCGGCCCGAGUCAGGCGGACGACGCACAUGUCGCGAGGAGCAACGCGCCCACACCUGGAGCGAAGCCGGCGGUAACGUUCGCCCCGAGCUCUGCGAUCCAGAUUUCGGAGAAGUUGGAGCACUUGCUGCAAGAGCGAAAGGAAGAGUCCUCGAAGUUAGCCACCGAGGAGUUAGAGAAGACUGCUGCGGAAGGCGCGUUGGAAGCUUUCGAAGCUGUGGGACCGCGCGAGGUUGGAGAACAGAGCUGUUCGCCGAAGGCGGAACCUGCUUUGCCACCCCCGCGAGAAAGUCCCGCGUGUCCUGAACAGCAACUCGUGGACUUGAAGCCGGAGGCUGCUCAGAGCCAUGCUGCGCCGUCGAACGUGCCAUCUUUCCCACAGUUCCAGCAGCAGGCUUUCCCGCUGACCUCUAGCUUCCUUCCAGAGCCGGCUCAACAGAGGUCGAGCCUGAAUUAUCCGCUGGAGACCUCGAGCUCCAGCGCCUUCGCCGAGUCCCAAAGAUCGGUCCAACCAGCGAGCUCGUUCUUCGAGUCGCAGGACCUCGGACAGUUCCCGCCUCCGCCGUUCAACGAAAGCAACGCCGAUCCGCAGCUAGCGAUCGGCUCGAGGAACGACCCGCAGCAACCAUCGUCGUCCACUGGUCUCUACUCUUACUUCGACAAUCCGACGGUCGCUUCUUCUCAAGCGUUCUGGAGCACCGGUCCAGCUUCUAAUGCCGGGACUGCCGGCGCGACAGGUAGCACUCAGCUUGCCCCACCGCCGCAGCUCUACAAUCCUCUGCAAUUUCAAAGCGAACUGCACAAACCACCGGCACCGAGAUUCCAGCCGUACGUGUCUCCUUUCGUGCAGUCGUCGCAGCUGCCAGUGAACCAGGCUCAACAUUACUUCGGGAGCGCGCUUGGUCCGCCGCAAACGUACGACGCGGCGGCCGAAAACGACACCAUAUUCCCGCCCAUGCCACCUGGGAUAACGAAUGUGCCCGAACCGACGGGUACCGCCACUCUGAGUCCAGUUCAAAUGUCAAUUAAUCCGCACGGACACCGCACCACGCCGGACAGCAUCGCGCCCGAUUCGCAAAUCCUGUCGGUGGAUCCCUCAGAGAAACGCAUGCAGUACAGAGCGGUGUAUCAUCAUUGGUUCUAUCGCAAAGAGGUGGAACACAAAGUGUUAUGGCUUCCGUUUUCCAUGCAAGAUAGCUUGCGCUUGGAAGAAGUUCAUAAUUCCAGCGAAAUUACCCCCGAGAUUACGAUCGCUACCGAUGGCGGUCGUUACGAUGUCGACAUUUUACGACGCCAGCGAUCUCCCGUUUAUUGGACCGGGGCAUCGACGGAAGUGCGACGGUGCUCUUGGUUCUACAAAGGUAGCAACGAGUCGGUCUACACCCCCUACGAGGAGAGCAUCGCGGCGAAAUUAGAAGAGGAGUACAAGGUGGCCUGUAUGACCAAUAGAUGGAAUCGCAGGAUCGAUCUGAACAAUGGGGAAUACAUCAUUUUCCAUGGAGCCACGGUCCAAUUGCAUUAUACGACAUCCUCGCCGGAGGCGUCGGGGACCUGGGGCAAUACCACGGAGGACAGUGCAUAUUUACAGGGUGCUGCCAGUAGGCCACGGACAAUAAAAAGGGGCCUCGACGAAUUCCACAUCGAAGACGGCGAGCCUGAGAAAGUGGAUCAUCUCCUGUUCCUUGUUCAUGGCAUUGGAAGCGUGUGCGAUUUGAAGUUCCGAAGCGUCGAAGAAGUCGUUGACGAGUUCCGAAGCAUAGCGCUGCAGUUGGUUCAGUCGCAUUACCGUACAGCCAGCGAGCAAAGAGUGUUGAACAGGAUAGAACUUUUGCCGGUCUCCUGGCAUACAACUCUCCAUUCCGAAGACACCGGGAUCGACAAGAAGUUACAAGCCAUCACGCUGCCGAGUAUACCUAAGCUACGAUUCUUCACCAACGACACGCUGCUCGACAUACUUUUCUACACCAGCCCCGUCUAUUGCCAGACCAUAAUGCAUACAGUCGGCAACGAGAUCAACAGGCUGUUCACACUGUUCAAAGACAGGAAUCCGGACUUCGACGGCGGAAUUUAUUUAGGCGGCCACUCGCUGGGUAGCUUGAUUCUGUUCGAUCUUCUGUGCCAUCAGAAGCCAUUGUCCGAGGAGAAAUCGAGCGCCGAUGACAACGAAACGACCGAAGAAAAAAACGAAGAAGACAACGACAACAGGCGAUUAAGCUCGAAACGAGUCAUAAGGAGACGCCGUAGUAAAAAAAUAAGUUACGUAAUGGGUGCUGCUGGGACCGGUCAGCCUUAUAUACAUUAUCCGCAAUUGAAUUUUCAACCACGUGCCUUCUUCGCUCUCGGUAGUCCGAUCGGAAUGUUCGUGACAGUUCGGGGCAUUGACAUGCUUGGUGAAGACUUUGUCUUACCGACGUGCCCGGCGUUCUUCAACAUAUUCCACCCAUUCGAUCCCGUUGCGUACAGAGUCGAGGCACUGAUCAAUCUGGAGGCCAGCAAGUAUCGGCCAAUGUUGAUUCCUCAUCACAAAGGCCGAAAACGAAUGCAUUUAGAAGUUAGAGAAAUAAUGGCCCGCGUCGGAGCGGAUUUGAAGCAGAAGCUGCUCGCCUCCGUGUGGAACACGUGGAACUCCGUUUACAGCCUGGCAGGAUUUAACAGACCAGAUAAUAGCGCUCUGGAGAAAGAAAUUGACAAGGUGGUGGAGGAACAAUUACAGGAUACACCGACUGUGUCAGACCAUCAAUCCACCGAUGAUGGUGGUGCUGACUUUAAAGUAGGUCAGCUGAAUGGUGGACGAAGAAUAGACUACGUCCUCCAAGAAGCACCGCUAGAAAGUAUCAAUGAGUACAUCUUUGCUGUGGGGAGCCACGUCUGCUACUGGGAAUCUGAGGACACCAUGCUGAUGAUUCUAAAGGAGAUAUAUGGCUCCCAGGGCAUUCAGACAGAUGCUCAGCUGCCUCAGCACACGAUUCCGAUGGAACGAGCCACCCCGUCGCCAUCUUUGGCCCCGUCGUCACCCACGUUUAGUAAAAAUAGCGUAACCUCACCUGUACCUGGCAUAGGAAUAGAUCCUACUGCACCAGCAUCGAGCAAACUCGUCGGUCCACCUCCGAUGUGUGGAUUUGUUAAGAAGUCAUGAUUAAAAAAGAACUGUUUGGACGUUGAAGAGUUCAGGUAAAAUUCAAGGUGACGCGACGGUGUGUAACGAAUUGCGAGUGAUCGGGUUGGUGCAGGCGUUGUACCUGACACGGAUAUGCGAAGCAUGAACUGUAAGGAUAGUGGAAUCAAAGUUUUUCAUUCGUAAGUUACGAUAGAAUAUUUUAUUAGUAUAUUGAUCGGGUUGUUCCAUAAGUUCCAGCUGUUUAUUGCUCUGCUAUUUCAAUUAAUAAUUGUGAUACAAUUGUUCGCUCGAUGUUUUCGACAUAGACAUUAUGUGCAGUCACUAUAAAAUCGUUGAGAGUUUUCGUUAUCAUAUUUCUGAAUGUUCCAAUUGAUUGGAGGAUAUUUUUCUAAGAAUAUUUUGUUGCGCAAAUAUGCCAUCUUUAGACUGAACUCUGUCAUCUAUACCUAGUCACAUCAGUCGAUCAUCGUCUUGUGCUUACUUAACACACUGUGAAUAGUAGAAACUUAUUCUUGACGUGAAUUUAUGGGACGACCAAUGUACCACGUUAUCGUUCCACGAUAAUGGAUUGUUUCUUUUUUUACGUGCUUUGAGAGACGAACAAUUAACUCUUGGAUAACUUGGAUCAACUUCGACCCAUCGUUUCCGAAUGUUUCAUUGAGUGGCAGAACUUCUGGCUGUGUUCUGAGUCAGUUCGUGCUAGGUGCAAUAAACGAGGAUUUUAAGAAACCACCUUAAAAAAUAUUUCUAAACGAUAGUGUUGAACGAACAUCCCAAAUAGAUCUAGAUAGAUUGAAAUCGAUCUGCUGGCUGUACUGUUGUUAUUAACGUCCGGUGUUCAAGAGUUAAUUAAUUGUCGUCUCGGGAAUCGGCCUACACGAGGUAUCCGAAGCACAAAUUCCGCAAUAAUGCAUCAAAGAAAGCUAGAAGAGUAAUGUAACGUUAUCGAAUUCGAUCAUGGAUUUUAUCGAUCGACUUCUCAUAUUUGCGAUUCGCAGUUUUUGGCAUAGUAGAAAAUAUUUAUAGCACUCACCGAAUGAAAAAAAAAGAACGAAUACACGCAAAGUCAGACUUACUAUUAUGGGAUAAAGAUUAUGAAGACUAUUCAUAUUGUUUAUUGUAAAUAUAUAUAAUAUAUGAAUGAAUAUAUAUGAAAUGAUAUAUAUAUAUAAUUUUUUUCAGAAUUAUCUUGCAUUGAGAAUGGGAAUUUAAGUGUAACUUUUCGGAAGUGCAAAGAUUUUAAUAAAAACACGUUAUUCUUAUAA